AUGACCGACCCUACAGCGCAACCUGAUUCCCCAGUGACACUACCCGACCCGCCAGAAAAUCCCGCAAAUACAGUUCCCUCACGCACACUAUGGAUGGGUGACAUCGAGCCCUGGUGGAACGAGGAAUUUAUCACCGACGUGUGGGCCAAAACAAACAAACGUGUUCUUGUGAAAGUUAUAAAGCCCCGCCAGAAUGCCCUUGUGCACCAAUUGGCACACUCUGGAUAUUGUUUUGUUGAGUUCGAGACUCCCGAAGACGCGAAAGAGGCGUUGAAGCUCAACGGAACCAUUAUUCCAAACACAACAGAUAAACUUUUCCGCCUCAAUUGGGCAUCUGCCGCGACCCUCAACUCGCAGAUAGCCCAGACCCCUGAAUAUUCGCUUUUCGUUGGAGACCUCUCACCCGCAACUACAGAAGCGCAUCUGCUCGCACUUUUCCAGACGCACUUCAGCACAGUGAAAACAGUGCGAGUCAUGACUGACCCGGCCACUGGCUUGUCACGUUGCUUUGGCUUCGUGCGAUUCUCGAGCGACGAGGACCGGCAAAAAGCUCUUGUCGAGAUGAACGGCAAAUGGCUGGACGGAAGACUAAUUCGCGUCGCUUUGGCCACUCCCAAACACCAAAAUCAACAAUUCCGGAAACACCAAAUCCCAAUGGAGCUUGAUCCUUACCACGCUCCAGGACUGCCCCCUAUUGGCUACUAUGCCGCGCCCCAACCGCCUCCCGCUUAUUCCGAUCCUACAAACACUACCGUCUUCGUGGGUGGACUGUCAAACAAUAUUACCGAAGCCACUCUUCUUUCGAUCUUCGAGCCGUACGGCCAGAUUGUCCAUGUGAAGGUGCCGCCUGGAAAAGGCUGUGGGUUUGUCAAGUUCACGCAGCGCACAGACGCCGAACGCGCAAUAGAGCAGCUUCAGGGAUACGUGAUUGACGGUUCGAGAGUAAGACUCAGCUGGGGAAGAUCCAACAGAAACCACUUGCUGGCAGCUCCUGGCCUUGCCGCCGGAAUGCCUCAACACCAGCCACACACUCAAGGGCCCCCACAAACACCAGGUAUGAUGAUGCCUGGGAUGGGUCCGCCAAUGUUCUACGAUCCAUACGCGGCAGAGUCUCAAUAUGUCGACCAGAAUGGCCAGUACAUGUAUGUGCCGCACUACGCUUCUAUGCUGCCCCCGGAAAAGACAGACGACAUGUAG